UUGGCUUCAAUUAGUAUUGUGAAGAAUUUUACUUAAACUAUGAGCUUCAGUUGGUGAUUGAAUGUCAACCAAUCACCAACAUUUAAACAAUAACUACAAAAUGAAAGUCUAGUAGGCCUCGUCUUUCUUUCAGCACCCUAAUUAAACUCCACUCCAUAUUACAAGCUGAGCUCAUGUUGGUUUACCCUCCACACAUAUCUGAUCAUCACUCAAAGGAAGACUUCUUUUCCAACUUCGAGACAUUUUUCGGUCUAUUGUGGCGCCAAAUUGUGGGAGGUCGUAACAAAUGAAGCAAGGGCUCCAACACCUCCUGUGGUAUCCUGGCAGUAGCCUAUCGCAGGCGGCUGAAGGGCAUCUAAUGAUGGACCGGAGGCGGAGGCAACGAGGAGAGCGCCGGUGCCUCGGAUAAACCAGAGAGUCUCACUUCCGACAGACACCAGUUUGAGACCGGACCUGUCUGCGACCUGAGCGACAUUUUUACGCAGCAAGUUUGACUUUACGCACGUAUUAAAUCCUUUUACGUCAGAAUUACUUCUUCUAACACGUCAAUUCUGGACUUUACGCAGUUUUUUGGAGAGUCAACAUACACUCCCCUCCUCCUGUGGAAGGAUAACUGCUCCUGCUCUGCUGUCUUAAGUGUGUGUGAGGAGACAGAUUCAACCGGGACAUCCAUCCAUCUGCAGCCUGAGACGCAGCUCAAACUGAAGCGUCUCUUUUGACACAAACUCGUCAAAGAGCUCAGAAAGGGAACAAAGUCAUUCUUCAAAACUAAGCGGACAACGAGAUGCAGCAAUUGGCCCCAAAGUUAAACCCAAGACUGCUCCAAAACGCAUGAGCCACUCACAGGAGCUCAUGUCGGACUAAACCAUGUUGGAGCUGCUCGGAUAGAAGUGCGUAAAAGCAUCCGCACACCGGACAGGAAGUGAACUAAUUAUUAUUAAACCCCAUCCCUCAUUUCCAUAUGUUGCGUGAGUCGGCUGGACCGUAGCCAAUCACCCGCCGAAGGGCAGCAAGAGUCGUAAAAGCAUUAUCCUUCCUCCAUCACAAUUACACUGACAUGCGCAAUCUGCACACGGGCAUCAACAGCAGCCACCGUUCGCUUAUUUCACCGACCCCGCUCCGUCUGAAGGGUCCCAUUUGCUGCUUGUAGAUGAGUCGGCGGAAGGCGGCAGAGAGUCGCAGAGAAAGCUCAGCAUGUCCCGCCGCAAGCAAGCCAAGCCGCAGCAGCUCCAGUCAGAUGAAGAGUCGACACGCAGCAGACUCCUCUGCACAAAUGGCAUCGUGGAGGGCAUGGGCAGAGAGGAGACAUAUGGAGGCUACCACAGCAGUGAGAAAACACACAUCUGUGACAGAUGCUGUGCUGAGUUCUUCACUUGGACUGAACUGAGUGAACAUCAGAAAGUCUGCACUGAGGAUCCCUUGGUGCUGAUAGUGAAGGACAACGACAGGAUGCCGGUUCCAGAGGAAUCUCCUGUCGGACCCUCUCCGGUUCCUAGUAUGGCCUCCAGUGACUCGUCUGCAGCAGAGUCCAGCUUCGAGCUAGGGGAGACGCUGGUGAACGACAACGACAGUCUGGAUAAUAUAGAGGAGGGUGUGGAGCGUGAUGAAGCCAUGGAGCUUGAGCACCGCCCACACGACAAAUACACUACGACCUCCAGCCUUCAGCCUCCAGAUUCAACUAAGUCCACUUCCCCCCAGAUGUCAGCUGCUGGCAGCUACGGCAUGCCGAGUACAAACGUAACACUGGAGAUCCUCCACAGCACCAGGGUGGCUGUCGCUCAGUUCUCCCAAGGGAUCAGCAGCGGCGGCACUGGAGGGAAAGCGGCUUCAGCAGCCAUCCCCGUGAUCCUGGAGCACCUGCUGGCUCUGCAGCAACAACAGGUCCACCAGCUGCAGCUUAUUGAGCAGAUAUGCAGCCAGGUAGCCAUCAUGAACAGACAACCAACACAGGCAGCGUUAAAGCCAGUCUCCAGAUCUCUGUCUCUUGCACCUAAUCCUUUCCCUUCUCAAGGCAUCAUCCCUCCUCCCAUCCUGCCGCUGUCAGGAACGAUGCCCUCAAGCAUCAACGGACAGGCUGCUGUUUCUUUGUCUUCUGUGCUUGAGAAGUCACAUAGUGUCCCCUCACAAACUCUUUACAGGCAAUCCACCUUCAGAGAUGUAACAUGUACCUCAGCUUCCUCAGAAAAUUCAACCCCAUGUCUCCCCAGCUGCAGCAGCAGCAGCAUCUCCACGUUACUGCCUCUUUACACAGGCUCACAGAACAGUAGCAGUAGCUGCACUCAGACACUGAGCUCCUCCAGCCCGCUCCCCCUGGGCCGGAGCAGCCUCCUCAGCUCAUCCUCCAGCCUGCCAUUUCUACCUCAGAGCCCUCCCAGCAGCGUCAUUUUCCCCAAUCCCUUGGCUAGCAUCGCCGCCACAGCUAAUGCACUUGACCCUCUUGCAGCCCUGAUGAAGCACAGGAAAGGGAAACCGCCUAACGUGUCCUUGUUCGAAACUCUGCCCAGCCCAGAGGAGCCCUUCUUCAAGCAUAAAUGCAGGUUCUGUGCCAAAGUGUUUGGCAGCGACAGCGCUCUGCAGAUCCACCUGCGCUCCCAUACAGGAGAGCGGCCCUUCAAAUGCAACAUCUGCGGAAAUCGCUUUUCCACGAAAGGGAACUUAAAGGUGCACUUCCAGAGGCAUAAAGAAAAGUAUCCUCAUGUACAGAUGAACCCCUACCCGGUGCCAGAAUAUCUAGACAAUGUGCCAACCAGUUCUGGGAUUCCCUAUGGAAUGUCCAUCCCUCCAGAAAAACCUGUCUCCUCAUGGCUGGAGAGUAAACCUGUUGUAGCAACUCUGCCAGCCACUAUGGGUCUUCCGUUUUCCUCCGCUAUCACUAGUAUCGGAGGCUCAAAUGACCCUGUAAGUGUAACAGCAUCCGCUAAAUCUCCCUACCAGCCAGCUCCUGGUGAAUGUGUAUCUUUGUCACCUAACCACAGAGGCAAUGAGGCUCAGUUCUCUCCUGCUUCAGAGUCUCCACAGUCUAACUGUGAGACAGAAGUGUGCAAUAUACUGAAAACAGAGGGGGUACACCUGCCCCAAAACUGCUCCCUGAGACUGAGAGCCAACCCAGUAACAGAAGCAACCAGCACUACGAUUCCAUCUGUUGCCACUACACCCGUCACCUCAGCGUCCCCCGUCUCCAACUCUCCACCCCUCUCGUUCAACUCGGACGAAACUAAAUACCCAACCGGUGGCUUCCUGGACUCUAUGCACACAUCUGAAACCUCAAAGCUUCAGCAGCUGGUGGAGAGCAUCGACAAAAAGAUUACAGACCCCAACCAGUGUGUCCUCUGUCACCGCGUCCUCAGCUGUCAGAGUGCGCUAAAGAUGCACUACCGCAUUCACACCGGGGAGAGGCCCUUUAAAUGUAAAGUGUGUGGCAGGGCUUUCACCACCAAAGGCAACCUGAAGACGCACAUCAGCGUUCACAGAGAAUAUCCUCCCGUUCAGGUGCAACACUUGUGUCCCAUUUGCCAGAAGAAGUUCACCAACGCUGUUGUCUUUCAGCAGCAUAUCCGUAUACACAUGGUCGGGCAGAUUCCAGACUCCACCCUGGUGGACAGGCUGCAGGAGAUGGAUAGCGAUAUCUCGUUCAACGAGAGGAACUUUGACAGUCUCAGCAGCAAUGACAAUGACCUCAUUGAUGAUAUUUCAAUGGAGGAUGAUAAUGAGGAAGAGGAAGAGGAGGUAGAAAAUAUGGAGGAAGUUGUAGAUCCAUCUAAACCCUUGAUUUCUGAAUGUUACUCUCCGCCUAAGUCCAACAUUGUUUCAAGUAUAGCUGCACUGGAAAACCAAAUGAGGAUGAUCGACUCUACUUUAAGCCUAAACCACUCCUUUGGUUUAAAAUCCCUAACGAAUGGUUUUAAUCACAGCAGCCAACUCAAUUUUAAAUGCUCUUUAUCGGAGAAAAGGGGGGAAAACUGCAGCCUAAACAGCCCAAAUGUGUCAGAUUCCUCCUGUUCACCUCGUGUAUCGGUGUCUCCAAUUCAAAGCAACUCAGAGGGCAUGACGAUCAAAUCACCUGCAGUGAACAACAACAGGCCAGAAUCCCACGAGCUUUUGGCAGCCUCAGUGAAGAGAGAGCAAUCUGAGUCACCUACCUCUGCAUCAGCAGCUGCAGUGGCCCAAGAGCUGCGAGGAAUACAGGCCAGCAAGCUAUGUGUGAAAGAGGAGACUCCUUAUAGUAUGUCCUUCCAACUGAGCAGAGAAAGAGCUGCGGGUCAAAGCGUUCCCAGCCUGGUAACCAGCACAUCUUCAGGCCUGAUAAAAACCGAGAUGAAUGGUCACAGUCUACCGAACAACUCGUCUGAAGGGCAGCACCCACCAUUUAGCAUCCACAUCCCCCCGGCUUAUGCGUCAGUCGGCAGCCCAGGAAUGACCUCCCUGCUCGGCCCUGCGCCUCCCCGUCGAACACCGAAGCAGCACAACUGCAACGUCUGUGGGAAGAACUUCUCGUCGGCCAGCGCCCUACAGAUCCACGAGCGCACACACACUGGAGAGAAACCCUUUGUGUGCUCCAUCUGCGGCAGAGCUUUCACCACGAAAGGCAAUCUGAAGGUUCAUAUGGGAACUCACAUGUGGAACAACGCCCCAGCAAGGAGAGGCCGGCGGCUGUCGGUAGAGAACCCCAUGGCCCUGCUGAGUGGAGAGGCCGCAAAGUUUGGAGAGAUGUUUCAGAAAGACUUGGCAGCUCAAGCGAUGAAUGUAGAUCCUGGAUUUUGGAACCGCUACGCGGCAGCUAUCGCCAACAGCCUGGCCACGAAGAACAACGAGAUCUCAGUGAUUCAGAACAGAAGCAUCUCUCAGCUGCACCCUCUGACUGCAGGCAUGGACAGAGUGAGCACUGCAGGAAGUCCAAUAAACAGUCUAACCAAGACAGGCAUGGACCUGGGAAAUAAUAGGCAUUUUUCUAUGCUGAUCGAUGACAGCAAAGAAAUUGGAAUCAAUUGAAAAAAAAAAAAGAUGAUGAAUGGAGACUUAAUACUUAUGCAAUCUAUUAUGGACAUUAAAAUAUUUGUAAAGCAUCUUGUUUGUUCUUAUGUAUUAUAUAUAGACUUUAAAAAUACUUUUUAUCAAUUGACAGAGAAUAGUAGGGUAUUCACAUUUUGCUAUUUUACUUUGCCGUCAUUUGUGAAAGUUUUUUUGCCUAUACAUUAAAUAAGUUGUUUAACUUG